AUGUUAAUUAAAGUAAAGACUCUCACUGGAAAGGAAAUUGAGAUCGACAUAGAACCAACAGAUAAGGUGGAACGAAUUAAGGAGAGGGUGGAGGAAAAGGAGGGAAUCCCACCCCAGCAACAAAGACUCAUUUACAGUGGAAAACAGAUGAAUGAUGAAAAGACGGCAGCGGACUAUAAGAUCCAAGGUGGCUCAGUGCUUCAUCUUGUGUUGGCCUUGAGAGGAGGAGUGUACAGGCCGUGCUUAUCCCUCACAUCCUGA